AUGCCUCUCGUCGUUCCUGGCAUCAACUCCUCCCUGGGAGAUAAGUCUGAGUGGGUUAACAAGUUGAUGGGCAAGAAGAUCAGCGAUACAGGCAGUAACGAGAUAUCGUUUGCCAAGAAAGACCUCCCUGAGUCUCAUCGUGUACUGAAGCCUGGUGAUAUGAAGUCGAUGGAUCACAAUCCUGAACGGUAUGAAAUGGAAACCAAACGAAUUACUAGAGAAUAUGGAGCUGACUUGAAUGAUGACUGA